UGGUAGUUCAUUUGAUGAAAAAUGAACCAGUUCUCUGACUCCGAGUCACAAGACUCGGAUGAAGGAAUACGUUUUAAGACAGAGAGUAUCAGAGAUAAGCACCAGAAAAAUCUAUCUUCAAGUAGAUGUAGAUCGAAAUCUAGGUCUGUAUCUCCAAGAUGGCGGAGAGUUAGGUCUAGAUCUAGAUCUUCCAAACGCCGAAUUAGAGACAGAUCGAGGUCUAGGUCUCCUAAAAGGCGAGAUGGGGACAAAAGACGUAACAGAGACAGAUCUAGAUCUCCCAAAAGACGUGACAGGUCUAAGUCUGAAACUCCAAAAACUCGAGUUAGGCCAAAAUAUCGAGAGAAAUACGAAAAAGAGCGAAGAAAAUCUCCGAUUCUUGAAAUUUCAAAGAAACCAAAAGUGGAAGAGCCUCAAACUCUUCCUCCCCGUUUAAUAAAAACACAAUCAAGCAGUGUAAAGGAAGACACGACUUCUGUUAACCAAAAAUCAGAAAAAAAAUCUGAAGAUAAAGCAGAAUCACACUAUAUUGGACCUCAGUUGCCCCCUCAUCUGUUUAGAAAAGAAGAAACUGAAGAUCCAUCAACUAACGGGUCUUCAAUUGGUCCUAAACUACCACCUCUCAUGUUCAAAAAAGAAGAAAUGGAAGAAGGCGAGUCUUCGAUAGGUCCGACAUUACCUCUUAGAUGCGAAGAAAUCGAAGCAACGCAGGGGUCUUCCAUAGGCCCCCAAUUACCUCCUCAUAUGCUCAAAAAAGAAGAAAUUGAGACUAACGACUCCUCGAUUGGGCCCCAGUUACCACCUCACUUGCUUCAAAAGGGAGAAAAAGAUGAAGAGAAGAUGAGGAUAGGGCCUCAACUACCUCCUCAUCUGCGUCAGAAGCUUCAAGAAGAAGCAGAUAAGGAAGAAAGCGACGAAGAUGCUUACGGACCGCUUCCUGUCGGUGCUUCAAAUUAUUCAAAAGCGCAGAUAGCUCUUGAAGAAAGGGCAUUGCAAUUGAAGAUGGACCAAUUAGACCCGAUCCAAAAUAAGAAAACCGUUCGUGAAGAAUGGAUGUUGGAAUUACCGGAAGUGAAAGCGUCGAAAUUUGGUUUAGGGCCUAGACAGUUUAGGGGUAAAGCCGGUCCUGAUAUGUCUGACAGGUCUUCAUGGACUGAUACUCCUGAUAAGAAAAGUAAGAAGACCGUGAAGAUUGAUUUGAAGAAAGAAGCUGAGUUAAAGGAGAUUCGGAAAAGGGAUGAAGAACAGGAGAGUAUAUCUAAGAAGCAUAAAAAGAGGAAUAAGGAUAGUUUGUUGGAGAUGCAUCAGAGUAAAAUGAAGACGAAGAAAAAGGAGGAGCCGGCAGAGAGACGACCUUUUAGUCGAGAUAUUGAUCUUCAAGUAAAUCGGUUUGAUGAAGCACAGAAGAAAGCUGUUUUGAAGAAAGCGCAGCUACUUGAUGAUAGAUUUUCCAGUGGGCAAUCGAAAUUUUUAUAAAUUUACACAGUUUUGUUUAUUUUAUUAAGUCCUAAAACAUUUUUACAAGAAGUAUUACAUGUUAGUACAGUUUGUAACAAUAAAAUUUGUGUUUAUUUCA